AUGUACGUCGUGCCCAAGAUCGAACUGGACGACACGAUCAAAGAAAUCAAGAAACUCGCCUUGCAAAUCAGACACAAAAAAACCAUCAUCAAAGAUGAAGCAAGAAUCAACAAGCAAAGCAGAAAACCCGUCAUGCCUCGUACCGCAGGCGCUAAAGUUAGAGAUCGCUCCGUCAGUAAGCUCAGGGAAGAUAUGGAGAAUCUUGGGGUUGAUAUGUCAAACACUGAAGAAGCACAUUUCACCAAAACGAAACCAAGAGCGAGGUCCGUUGGGCCCCCAGUUAAGAAGAUGCGCAUGGAAGUUUCUUCCAGUGGAAGCACUACAGUUACUAAAAAGACCCCCAACAAGAAUAGGUCGCUGUCUAGAACUCCAAGGAAUGAACUUGGUGUCAAGGAUGCUAUAAUGAAAAAGAAAUUGGCCAAAAUCGCGCACAGGGCCAUUGCCAAGAAGGUGGGUAGGAUGGGACUUAAGGGUGAAGCUGACAGGUUUAUUGGUACCAAAAUGCCAAGGCAUUUGUUUGCUGAUGAAAAUAAAAUGGGCCAAGAGUCCUAG